CUCCUCCUCCUCCUCUUCUUCCCCCUCCGCCAGCUGGUCCUUCUUCGUGUCCUUCUGGUUACUGCUCAUCAUCUUCAUCAUGGGCUUCGGUGACCUGAAAUCAGCCUCCGGCCUCAAAGUGCUCAACGACUUCCUGUCUGACCGCAGCUACAUCGAAGGGUAUGUCCCUUCCCAGGCUGAUGUGGCGGUCUUUGAGUCGAUCUCAGCUCCGCCCCCCGUCGACCUGUGCCACGCCCUCCGCUGGUACAACCACAUCAGGUCCUAUCAGAGCGAGAAGAGCAGUCUUCCAGGUGUGAAGAAGCCUCUGGGUCAGUAUGGCCCCCCCGGCGUGGCCGACACCACCUCAGGCUCCACCACAGCCAAAGAUGAGGAUGACGAUGACAUCGACCUGUUUGGUUCUGAUGAGGAGGAAGACUCCGAGGCGACCCGGCUGAAGGAAGAGCGGCUCGCCGCCUACGCCGCCAAGAAGGCCAAAAAGCCUGCCAUCAUCGCCAAGUCUUCAAUCCUAUUGGACGUGAAGCCGUGGGACGACGAGACAGACAUGGCGAAGCUGGAGGAGUGUGUCCGCAGUAUCCAGAUGGACGGGCUGGUGUGGGGCCAGUCCAAGCUGGUUCCCGUAGGUUACGGCAUCAAGAAGCUGCAGAUCAACUGCGUGGUGGAAGACGACAAGGUGGGCACAGACAUCCUUGAGGAGAAGAUCACAGCGUUUGAGGACUUCGUGCAGUCAAUGGAUGUCGCCGCCUUCAAUAAAAUCUGAAAUAAAAACUCUGCAGCACAAA